AUGAGACGCUUUGCGCUGGUGACACACAAAGUUAUUGCUGGGACAUCCCACUCACAUGGUGUCCUCAUGAGCACUGCAGCUGUGGCAGCAACUCCAGUUAUGUGCGGACCCGCCGCUGCCACCUCUCCUGCUGCGAAGACAGCGGACGAGCCAUCAACGGUUGCUGCUACACUGAGUGUACGUCUGACAUCGAUGGUGGCGGACCUGCAACGACGGUCGAAGGACGCAGCUAAGUGUGAUGGCGUGACGUUGGCGGCGAACGCGGGUGACGCUCCUUCCGAGCAUGAUGUGUGUGGCAAACAAACCACUACCCCAACAUUUCCAAUGACGCUGCAGCCCGUGCAGUUAAUCGACGCUCUCAGUCUCUACAUUCGCCGCGAGGAGCAGUUGAAUGAGCUCUGCCGCUCCAAGCUGCUCUCUGUGCGGCGCUACUAUGUGCGGAUGCGGGAGCAGAAGACGCAUCUCUCACCGCUGGAGUGGGACGUGCUGUUGAACGAGGCAACGAACAUUGUGGAGGGGCGCGGCGUGCCGCUCGCGGUGGCAGCACGGCUGCUGCGCCCACGGUGGCCGGAGCACUUGAUGGACGUUUCGGGGAGCCGCCACCAUGCAUUUCUGGUGAAGAGUGUUCUUGCGUGGGUGACUAGUCUGCUGCAGGAGGGAAAACUCACGGCGCCAGAUGCUCGGACGAUACUGGUGCAGUGUCCGCGUCUUUUUACCGGGCACGUGGCGCUCAUGGGCUCCGUAGUGGAGUGCGCGCUGUCAGAUAUAAAGACGCUCGAUGACCCAGAGGUGCUGAUUCAGCUUAUGUGGGCUGUGAACGACGCCCGGACACACGCACCGGAUCACUUCUGGAGACGCGUGCUCGAUAAGCUUGCGCAGUUGAAUCGCUCGCUGCGGGAUCAGGUCGGUGACGCGAUCGACGUGGAUGGACGCGUCGCAGGGGGAAAUGGUGCGAAGAAAACUAUGACUUCCACUCGCACACGAGUUGGCCACGUUUUCUCUGGACUCACAACACGACAGCUAUUUCGUGCGCUGCGUGUGCUGCGGAAAGAGAGGUGGUGCGGUGAUGUGCCGACAGUCUUUGACUUCGUGGACAGAGCGUUAAAGAACAUUGCUUUUGAAGCUGAGGCGAUGAAUGCAGCUGUUCCCAAAACGCCGGAGCGUCAACUCUCGCGGCAGGCGGUGGUGCGGCGCGUGCAGAAGGCGUCUGAUCUGUCGCCGGCCGAGCUGCUGUCGCUCCUCAACAUUGCCGGUGAGCUCGGCGUCCAGUUUCACGUGUCGUUGGUGCGUGUGGCGGAGUGCCUACUUGCACCUAUGGUGCAGUACCUUAACCGAGAACAGCUGAUGCUUCUUACGUCCAGCGUGAGGCGCACGCGCUGCGACUCGCCGCAGCUGGUGCAGGCUAUUAUGGACGCUAUUGUGCGGCGCGGCGUCACGUAUCCGUGCGCGCUCAGCCUCUCCAAGGCAACGCUGCGGACGGUUCUCCAGAAGCCGGCGCUUCUGUCGCAGCUGACACUCGCACCGUUUGUGGAGCACAUUACCAACCUCUGCAACACGUACAGGUGGAGCAUGCGUGCAUCGCAGGUUCUUGGCUGGGUGGAGCUGCUGUACGCGCUUUCGCGACGGUACGCACCGUCGUCGUCUGUGGGUGUGCGGGUGCGUAUGUGUGUGGAGGGUUUCGCCGCGCCGCUAAGCGCCAUGAUGGCCCUUGGCGUGGUGCCCACCUCCAUCGUCUCACGCAUGCUGGAGCACACCGUUAUACUCGGAAUGCGGCAGCAGCCGCAAUACCCCCUCACAGCUAAACUGCGCGAGGAGCGUAAUGUGUUGGUCAACGCGAGGAACGCGCAGGGUGAUGACAUGUUUGAUGAUGAAGCAGACGUACCAUUGCAGGGCAAUGCUGCCACUUCAACAUCAACAACAACUAACGUCCCUGAUAGUAGUGCUGCUGAUAUGGCUGCGCGGAAUGCAGGGAACGAUCGUGAUCCACGCGUAGGGGAGGCGCCUAGGGCUGUGCGGCAGGUAUACGACUAUCUUAUUUUCGCUUACGAGCGGCAAAUGAUCCUGCGCGUGCCACUGGCGAAUCUUGAAGAGCAGCAUUUCUGUGAGACCUUUCGCCGUGUCGGCUUGUACAACAUAUUUACUGGGGCAAGUAUCAUGAAGCAGGUGCACCUGCGCCACACAGCUGCAGACGACGGCACGCUGACGUUACCUCCAAACGCGCAGUCAGCGUGGGUUGAGAAGCAUGUCGGCGCCAUAAUUGAUGCACGUCUUCAGAGGGCGAAGAUAUCGCCGACCUCUUCCAAUGACGACGUACUGCGUCUUCUCGGCCAGCGCCACUGCGAUGCGGCGAAAGUACGGAAGUUUCAGGAACUCGUACAGAAUUCCCCGCUGCUGUUGGCGCGUCAGCAGCGCCGGCUGUGGGAGUACAUUAGCGAGCUGGCCCGACGGUUCGGCGGGCAGCAGGAGCGGGAUGUCGCACAGAAGAUGCUGGCGACAGUUCUAUACUAG